UGUGGCUGCUGGGCUGACCACCUCGCCGCAACACCGCCCGAGCCGCAAACCUCGAAUCCUCCGUGCAGCUUGUCUCGACGAUGACAUAAUUAAAUCACGCGUCACUUGGUGCCGACGGCGUUGUGCUACUGCAAGUUCUUUUUCAUUCCGUUUUACCACCACGAAGCCCGGUGUUCAUGCUAGAUGCUCUGUAAUCCGACAAGUGCGUUUCUGGCGUCGCCCCGCUCUCUCACAAUGACAACUUCGCUCCGUCCGCAGGCAGCGGUUCAACGACACUCGCACCUCCGGGAGCGCCGCGUCCUUGCCGCCGAGAAGUCCCGCGCGCAUCAUCGUGGCCAGGUAGAAGGCGCCCACGAAGGCCUUCCAGAGCCGUAAGUCGCGGUGGUCUGAGUUCCAGUUCGCAUA